CGCAGAAUGCCAGCGCCGAGGAGUAUAUUGUGUGUACGUGGCUGGCUGGCUGUGAAUCUCCCAGUGUAAGCCAACCAGCAAGCGCAGAGGCGACACACAUGUCUAAUCUAUCAAGCAUUCACUCACUGGGAGACUCAAGUGCUCCGGAAAAUGAUCAGAAUUUUCCAGUGCAAGCACGACAGGGUAUGAUACAAAGGUCACUCCUAUCGGUUUAGCGCGGGAAAGAUCGUGCCGCUUGUGGGCAGGACUUAGCGUGGGUCCUUGGUGAUUGUGAGACGUUAGUGACGUAGGGGCUGUAGGGGAAACAGACAGAGCUAGCUAUAGAGCGCGGCUCUCCUAGAGUAGUGCUUCUUGUCCACAUUAUAAUUGAGGUGGAGUCGGCUGCACGGUGUACGUGGUGUGUUGUGGAUACUGGAAGUAUACUGUUAUGCACAAGCAUAUGCAGCAUUCCAUGUACUCUCAUAGUGCUGAUUGGGGUUGAGUGACAACGUAUUUGGAGAUAAUGAUCUACAUAGCAUUUUAUGACGAAAUAGCUAAGGGACUUGAUCAAGUGUGACUCUUUCCAUACCAGCAAGUGAAUCGUUACCACUUCCAGUUCUUUAGCAACCAACAUUAACGGAUGAUUAACUUUGAUACCAAUUAUACCACCUACCAGUGCCAGUAUAGCAAAAGACGAAUAAUCGUUUAUGAUUUGUUUCAGGUGUUGACCAAAUCGAGCUAUAGCCCAUGACUUCAGUGAAUACAACUUUAACUAACUUUGAAUCACCAACCUUGCCCGCCAUAGCAACGAGCGAGCAUUUAAUUUUCUGCACGCCUUGGUAUACACGCAUCUACAUUGCAACUAGUGGACAUUGAACGCCACCUUGCCAUAUCUCGUGUGUAUUAAAAACGCUAUUUCAUCGAGUGCGUCGAUCUUCUCAGUGCCAGCGGAUCUCAUUAUUCCCAAUGCGUAUUGUAUACUUUUAAAGGUGAAGGAGAACUGCUCUUUCAAGUAAGGCAUCACGCUUCACAGGAUUUUAACACACGCUCAAAUCCCUUCGGAGACCUUUGAACGAAACUAGAUGCACAAAGAAUACCACGAGAGGGGUAUCAGAAACUGGUAUUAGACCUGAUAAUCCCUGUCAAAGUGCAACUUUAAUUAACAGCCGACCCUUCCUAUUGCUCUCACCAUAAUGAGCAAUGGUUGCAUGUAUUUGGACAUCAUACUUUGUUCCAUGUAACUUGAUCGACCGCUUAUUCAAAUAUCGACGGGUAUAAUAAUCAUAUUGUUGACACAGACUAAAUCAAUCAACAUGAUGUCCCAGGCAAAUUCUUUAAAACCGCGAAGCAUGUUACGAAAAAGACUGCCUCGCUACAAAUUUGAAGCAAGUGACCGAACCCUUCUUCAAAAUCUCGUGAAUAAAUAUAUUGGGAUUCUGGAACGUAAAGCGCUCAACCAGAAUAUGCUGGAUGAAAAGAAGCGCGCAUGGCAGCUCAUAACGCAAAAGUUCAACACGCAGUCGGCCGAUAAAAGAAUUAGGGACGCCAAACAACUGCGAAAAUGCUGGGAAAAUAUGAAAUGGAGAGCGCGACGUGAGGUGAAGCAAGCCGAUGAGGAGGGGCACAUGGAGGGGGACAUGGAGGGGGACAUAGACGGUCAAAACGGACAUCACCUCUCCGACUUCACACACCCCUCCCAUCUCACCUCUGGUAUGAUGGGGGUGGGGGAAUUCAUGGGUGGGAGCGUGGAAGAUGAUGAUGAAGGGGAGGAUGAUGAUAGCGAAGGGGAGUUCGAUGACGAUGAUGAUGAUGACGAGGAGAUGGUGGCACCCAUGGGCACCGAGCCAAUCGAGAUUAGUGAUGAUCUGGAUCUGGAUGCCUCAGAGACGAACGGGAAUCUCCCCUUGGCUUUGAAUGUACCCCGUGGUGAUCCCCGUCACCCUAACGGAUUUCCACUAUCUCACCCGCCUGAGGAUGAAUUGAUUGGCAGCUUUGUCGCAGAUGCCUGGAUAGCAGAAGAGGCCCCUGGUGAAGACGGUGAUCGAGAAGACAUCCAUCUGCGAUCAGAGGUCGGUGACGCAUCAACAUACAACCAAAUAUGGAACGGAUCAACAUCCUUGUCCUCGCCUAUUGGAUCGUUAGGAGGAGCGUCCUCAUCGAACAGACACACUCACACUCCUCCAUUAGCCGCCAGUGAUGUGAGCCAAGAGCGCAUCCCCAGGGCUCCAUCAGUCUCGUCAUCCAUGGGCGAUGCGGCAGAAUCGCUAUCUUCUCGACAUUCCAUAAGCUCGUCCUCGCGCAGUAGCAAGCGACCACGUGACAGGGUUUACAUCAAUCAGAGCAACGCCAAGCUCCGUCGACCCAGCAGCUCAUCAGCAUCUCCUAUCGUGCUUGUCGACGGAGACGGCGCAGCAGAGUCAUCGGCGAUCGCUGCGAUAUGCAACGUCGACGAAGCAGAGAGGCAGGCGGGCGCCGACGAGGAGCACGCGAAGAAGAUGGAGUUGCUUCAGGCCCAGCUCGACUUCGAGAAGUCGAAGGUGGAAAGGAUGAGGAAGAUGAUGGAGAUGAGUGAGAUUGAACAUAGAGCGAGGAUGAGGAUGUUGGUUAGAUUCCAACAAGUCGCUGAGAAACAGAAAGAGUACUGGUCGCACCAUGUUGACACUGCGAAACGCGAUGAAGUUACUGACCAAUUCUAAUUUAAAAAAAAUGUUUAUUUGAUGGACAUGGAUACAUCCCACUGAACUUUCAUGCGGAGAACUAAUUACGAGCAGCAAAUAGAAUCACGCUGUGAUGUUUUAUUACAUGAUGCAUAAACAGAAAAUAUGCUUGCUCUUUUUUAAUUUUCUUUACAUUGCUAAUAUAACAAUAAAACAUGAGAAUAUGAACUGCUACAAGACAAGCCUUUACCAAGUUAACUCAAACCCAAAUAUACAUUCAUUUUUAUUGAUGUAUUACUUUAAUAUGCGUAUAUUCAUAAGAAUUGUAAUUGCUAUGCCCGGGCGUCAAAGGUUUUUAACAAAAGAAGUUGAAAUUGCUUUAUAAAAGGAAAUUCAUCAAAGAGCAUACAAUCAUAUUUCUAAUGCAUUUAUGCUUUUUGUAUAUGACUGUUCACAUAAUACUCCUACAAUCUGUCUUUAAAACAUUAGUUUUGCUGGAAAUAAAAACACAGGUAUGAUCACUGGCAUACUGAUGGGCAUCCAGGGACCCCGACUCAGGGCUUAGACUAAUUUUAAAAUUCAAACAAGGUUUAUUUAUAAUUCGAUACCAGUGAUUUACAAAUAUUGCUGAAAUGCCAUGAUUUUUCUGGGAUUUUUUCUCUCUUUUUGUGUAAAUUAUUAUUUUUUGAAGCGUUUGCUGGAAAAUGACAAAUUCCAAAAUUUACAGUCAGGCAAAAAAUAUGCUGAUUCAGA